CUUCCUUCUCUUUAAAAAAAACUUGUACGGAGUCUGAGUCUCGCAUUUCUUGAUCGACAGAGAAAUGGAUUCCAUCGAUUUCGACAGCGUGAAAGCAGAGAAAGCCAAUGCGCUGCGUCGUUUCCAGAGCAUUGGUCUCCUCCUCCGCAUAGCGGAGAUCUGCGCCGCUCUUCUCUUCGUCUGUUGGAUAUUCACUUCCCUCCCUUUCGCCGGCGAGUUCCUCCGUCGUCUCUCUUCCGUCGUUUCCACUCCUCUCUUCAUGUUCGUCCUUACAAACUCCAUCGUCGUCGCUCUUCUCACCACCAAAUCCACCGUCUUCUCCGGCGGCGGAGCAGAGGCGGAUAUCUUCCGCGCGUUCAGCAGAUCCGGAGAGAGUCGCGUCAGUUCUUCCGACGGAGAUCUGACGGGAGAGACAAUCGUCUUGGACGACAAAGAGAUGAUCGACACGGAAACCGAUUUAAAUUCGAGUUCAAAUUCAAAUCCGACGGUGGCGCGUGGUCAACACGUGACAACCGAGCCGGAGAAGGACUCGAUUACUGUCACUGAUGUAACGAACGAUCAUCCUCCUCCACCGACGAAGGUCUAUAAAAGAAGCAAAACGGAAAUCUCUGCGAAACAGAGUCCAGCGAUGGUGACGAAACCUACGCUCCGGCGAUCGGAGACGGAAAAGUGCCGUGAAACCGUCGCGUCGUGCGAAGAAGUGCCGUUUCCGGAGGAUAAUCUGACAAACGAAGAGUUUCAGAAAACGAUCGAAGCGUUCAUCGCGAAACAGUUGAUAUUUCGUCGCCGAGAAUCUCUCGCCGUCGUUAUCCAUAAUUAAAUCUAAAUAUAUAAGUAUAUCCCGACAUAACUAUCUAUGUUGUAUGUUCGAGUUCGAACCAACAAGCAAGCACGGUUUUGUAAUAGAACGACAAUGAAGAACGAUCGUAUCGAUCUCAUUUUGUUUGUGCUCCCUUUCUUUGUUGGAUCAAACACGUAUGGUUUGUUUCUGUAAUGUUUGGAUCAAAUUUGUUGAACGAUUCAGGAUUAAUAUGAACAGUGCUUAUCUGUGUU